AAUGACGUCAGUAGCCUUUGUUUUUUUAAUUUUUUAAGACAGAAAACUUGCUUUGACAUUUGCAUUUGGAUAUAAUGAAAAUUUUGGUAAAACAUUGUAACAAGUGGAGGAUUGUAUACUAAAUAUAAAUUAAUAUUAUUGAAGUAAAUGGAAGGUUAAUAUUUUGUGGACAUUGUCAGUAAAACUGCGAGGUCAUUGUCGAUUUCUAAAUGAUUUUAGGGCCGAUUCAUCUUCAAUUUCUAAAUAUGGACAUAGACAAUGGACCAGAGGUGCCUGUACCAGUCAGUGGUACAGGUGUGGAUAUUGAACAGUCCUUCUUGCAACAGUUCAGUUGUAUGGGGACAACAGACAAAGAUGAAUUGAUUCAACAACUGCAAAAGCUUGUUGGCAGCCAACUUAAUUACUCCACAGCUGCUUUUUUCUUGGAUAUGAACAACUGGAAUUUACAAGCAGCAAUUUGCUCAUAUUUUGAUAUAGAGUCUCCAUGCCCUCUUCCAUCCAUGAAAUUGAUCUCAGAUCCUGUAGCAAGUGAACACACAGAUGUAGAACCAAAUGUCAGGUUUACAAAAUCCUGGAACCUAGUUAAUAGUGGUACAGAGAAGUGGCCUGCAAACUGUUAUGCUCAAUGUUCAGAUGGUGAUAAUUUCGGAGCUGAUCGAGUCCCUGUCCCUUGUUUAGAUCCAGAAGAGGGAUAUCAUUUGGCUGUAGAUAUGGUUAGUCCCACAGUACCUGGCAUAUAUCAAAGUAAAUGGAGAAUGUGUACAGACAUAGGAACUUAUUUUGGUGAUCCAAUGUGGGUGAUAGUAACUGUAGUAGAAGAAGGCACAGUUGCUUUGACAAAUCAACUAUCUCAUUUUAAUGAAUUAGGCGCACUACCUCCCCCUACUAGUAACUAUAAUCCCUUUUCACCACAUCAGAUCCAUAUAGGACACAACCCGGAUACGGCCCCUCCAGAUGGGAAAGACACAUCCAUGUUUUAGUACCUGCUUAAACUAUUUUACAGUGCCACACUUUAAGGAGGGAGAAUGCAUUUAUGUGAAUGAAUAAAUGAUUAAAUAUAUUAUAGUUAAAAUACAUAUUUUGCAAAAAGUAUAA